CCGUCAGCGGCGCAGAAACGACCAGACGUGCAGGCCGCCAUGAAACUGCCCAUCAACGAGAGGAAGCCCCGUCCCGGCAACGCGCAUCGGGUCAGAGCUAAAACGCCAGGUGAUGAGGUGGACGGGGUGUCGGGCCGCAGCCCAUCCGCAGCCCGUCCGCCGGCGCCGCCUCGGCGCAAGUCGCCGGGUUCGCGGCCGGGCGGCCCGCUGAGAGUGGCCGCCCGGCCGGAGCCCUCGGCCGACGGUCAGGAGCGCGGCCGGCCCGUGGCCGUUAGACGACCCCCGGCCGGCGAGAGGCCCCCGACUGCCGCCGCCGCCGGAGGGGCGCCAGCCGAGAGCCCGGCGGCGGCGCGCGAGGCGCUGGCCGCCCUGAUGAAGAGUCCGCCAGAGCCGACCCGGGUCAGAUCACCGGAGACGUCUGCGGCGCUGCGGUCGCCCGAGGCGGUCAACUGGACGCUGCCGCUGGACACCGCGCGCGCCUUCACCGUGACCCAGAACGUCGGCGGCGUGACCGGGGCGGGUGGGCUGCCCACAGGUCAGUCGCGGUCGGCCCGGCCGCGCAGCUCCCACUCCACGUCGUCGGGGCAGAGUCAGAUUAGCCCGCUGCACCGCCAGCUGCUCACAGAGGCGAUGGCGGCCCGCGCCGAGCCGCCGCCGCCCGCCCUGCACGACGGACACGGCUCGCCCACGCCGCCGCUCGUCCGGCCCGCAGACGCGCCCCCUGCCGGCGACUCAGGGCAGCAGAACUUCACCGACCGGCCGCCAGGGGCGCGGCUGUUCAGCGCCGGCUCCGCGGCGCCGGCGAAGGCAGCUGUGGUGGAGAUGUCGGGGGCCGGGAAACCGGCCGUCCCGGUCAGAGCAGACGGCCGGGACGCGCCGCAGUACCACGUGAUCUAGGCCCGUCCAGACAGCUGAGCCACUCCCAACUUCCCCACCGCCAGACAUGGAAACCCGGCAGAAGCCCCGCAGGGGGCUCGCUCCGAACUAGGAUGUAAGCCAAAGCCCGCUCAAUUUCCUCCAGAGAGCAUCUCAGCACACUACUGCGGACUCCUUUCUGCCGCCCUUCUAGACAGCUGCACCGACCGUCCGAACUCUGCCGUAGAAUUUGCGCGCCGUCUGUAGCCCCGUUCGCCGUCGAGUCUCCGGCGGGACGGGGUAGGCGCGGCCGUUCCUGCCGGUCUGUAGCGGCAGUGGAGCGCGCUCUCAUCGCCAGAUUAGCUCGGCGCCCGGCUGCUGAGGACGGCUGCUCUGUUCCCGCCUGAUUGGAAGGCUGUGCACUGAUUAUUACGAUCCGUAUGUGUGUGAGUGUGAGCCCCUGCCGUACAUUCCAGGUUUAUAUUACUUAGCUUACGAUAGCGCGGAGGCUUUAGCAGCUUGUUCGCUUCUCGCGCCGCGGCUCAAUGUGAGGCGGCGCGGUGCCGGGAGGGGCGGAGGGGAGAGGUGGCUGACGUGUCCACCAUCAGGUACUUGGUCCUGCCAGCAGCGCCGCGGUGCGCCGGCCCAGGUGCUCCGGCGGAUGCGGGGCCCUAUGGCCGGCGGUGUGGGGCUCCGCCGCCGCUCAGUGGCUGUCUGUCGGGCCGAGUCUGUUCGCCGCCGGCGCCGCCGGGGGGAUCGAACCGGGCCCGGCCGGGCAGCGCUGUGUUGUCAGCUAAUAAACCAGGCGUAUCGCCGACCACAGAAGCGCGGCUGUCA